UUUGGUCAUUCUUUAGCUGGCCCUGUAGGUCAAAGUGACCUUUAGACUCUACCCGUACCAUACCGUAUGUCGUACAAUGUAUUCGAAAUGUUCAACGGUACGGUACGGGUCACUGUACGGUCAUACGAACGGCUAUACGGUCAAACGGGAGAUGAAACAACGUCAAAUUGUAAUCAGAACUAAAGUGUAAUAUGAAACAUGCCAAUGGCUCGUUCGCACCAGCUCCUCCGACUGCAUCGUUCAUCGCUCGUGUUCAUAGGCUCCUCCUGCCGACAGAGGCUCCUUCCCUCCUUCGCAUACGCUUCCAAAUCAUAGACAUAUGGCGUCCUAUAUCACAUGCAGCUGUAAAUUGGCCGAUUGCACUAUGCAACUCCCGCAGUGUCGAUUUCGAGAAAGACUCGGUGCCUGUCGCUCUUAUAUACGCUGACUGUGAGAGUGAGUCAAAUGCACACCAAACCACCAGUGAAAAUACAUGAAAGCAAUGAACCCGGAAGAGUUUGUUCUUAUCAAAUGGUGAGCGAGAUAACUUGGGGGAGCUUUCCGUCGUGCUAAAAGGGUGUCAGCUUUGAU